AUGCCUCUAUUUAAAAAAAAGAAGGAUAAAAAGGACAAAAAAGACAAAAAAGAUCACAAAGAUGACAAGGACAAAGCGAAGACUACCAGUUCUACACCGAGUACGGCGACAACUGUACCUCCGACUCAAGCGUGUCCCCCUGGAGUCGAUCCAACUGUAUGGCAAUGGUUCUGUGCGGUAGAUGCUGAUAAAUCCGGUAAACUCACAACAAGGGAGGUACAGCAAGCCUUGACCAAUAAUGAUUGGAGUCAUUUUAACGGAGAGACAUGCCGUCGUAUGGUUGGGAUGUUUGAUAAAGAUCACUCGGGGACGAUUGACAUCCAUGAAUUUGCUGCUCUGUGGCAUUAUAUACAGCAAUGGAGAGGAGUAUAUCAACAAUAUGACAGAGACCAUUCAGGCAGAAUUGAUGCCAGUGAACUCCAUAAUGCGUUCAGCACAAUGGGCUACAGACUAUCACCACAGUUCUCACAGCUGGUCAUAGCAAGAUACGACACACAGGCCAAAAAGAGUCUGAAAUUUGACGAUUUUAUCCAGUGUUGCGUUCUACUGAAGUCACUUACAGACUCGUUCAAACAAAAAGACGCCGGGAUGACUGGUAAUAUUGACGUCUCCUAUGAGGAAUUCAUGGCCAUGGUUUUAUUAGAUCUUAUUGUUUAA